UCAGUUUCCAAAACCAGCAACUUGUAUGUCAGCAAAACCCCACUUCUCCUUCUCCAUACACUGAACCCAACCUUUUCUUUCUUUCUUUUUUCUUUCUUUCUCUCUCUAACAUGCAAUACAAUGGAUGUUCAAGACAUAUAUAAAAGAAAAAGGAAAAAACUUUGAACUAAUUAUUAUACAAAUACAGUGCAAGAAACCAAAAACCCAUCAAAAUUCAUCUCAUCUCAUUUCCUUUCAUUCAUUCAACACUCAUUCUAUACCUUCCUUUUCACCUUCCACAUUCUUUCCCCUUCUCUCUUUCUUUCUUGAGCCAUUCCUUUUCUUUUUUCUCUUUUGUCAAUUAAAAAGAAAGAUUAGAGAGAUCUAGCUAAUCAAGAAUCUCCUCAAAUAAAAUACAAAAGAAAAAAAGAUUUGAGAUAUGCAAAAAUUGUAUGAUUGUGCAUUCCAUCUUUCUUGUUCCCUUGUUUGGCAAUUCCCUCAUCACUACUCUCUCCACCAUCAAAAACUUGAGCAUCUUCUUUUAUCUUCAUCACAGUUGGGUAUCUGGAGGCAAAGUUUCUUGGUAUUGAAGCUGAAGCUGAAGCUGAAAUAGGAAUGAGUAUAAUAUAAAUAUAGGAAAUAAUUAGAAGAGUUUAGCAUUGUUCUUGGAGGCAUAAUAUUCUGUUAAUUUGGGUAUGGAUCUGAUUCCCAUUUCUGUCAAUUGAAGCACCAAUCCUGUACAUUGUGUUUUAAGAAGCAUAAGCAUUGCAAGAAUCAGCAUUUUUAGAUAUCUGGGUUUGCAAAUUUUCUUCCAAGUUGAAGAAAUCAAGAGGAUAAGCCACAUUUUAAAAUCAGGGGUUCCAUUGAUCAAGUUUCAAGAAAUCAAAAACCAAAGGGUCUGUGGCAUUGUGGAAAUAUAUACUUGAAAGAAACUGAUCUCAUCUUGGGUUUUGGGGUUUGUGACAAAAAGGAAGUAUUAAAUGAGUUUUGAACAUUCUGAAACAGAUUCAAGAUUUUCAAGGAGUAGUAUAAUCCAUCUGCAAGAUCAUUAUUCGAGCAACGUUAUGGAUGUAAGAGCAAGAAAGAUGGGCACUAGUACUACACCAGCACAAGCACCACCUCCUUUUAGAGUUGAGAAAAAGAAAAUGGAGUAUCAAAGAUCACUCUCACAAGGAAGUAGUGGAAGAAGAUUGUUCCCUGCAAGCUAUUUCAGCUUGGAGUCAUUGCUUCUGCUAAUAUGUUUAACAGCAUCUUUGUUGAUCUUGCCAUUGAUACUACCACCAUUGCCACCACCACCUUUCUUGUUGCUUCUGCUUCCUAUAGGAAUCCUGGCAGUCCUUAUGAUCUUAGCUUUCAUGCCUGCCAAUGCAAGAGAUAUAACCUAUACAUAUGUGUAAAUGGUAUUUCAAAAUAAAAGAAGAAAAAAAAAAUGCCUGGUUCUUUUCUUUACAUACAAAUUUUGUAUUUUUGUUCUCUUUUCUCUUUCUAAGUGUUAAGAAAAAGGAAAGGAAAGAUGAUAACAGUUCUUUUAUUUCUUUUAACCAUGGAUCUUUAAUCUCUUAGUCUUAAUCAUUUUGUGGCCUUUCUAUUA